AUGAAUUCGAUUGUAUACGGUAGCCAUUAUCAGCAAAAACGCGGAAACCUAAAUAGCGCUCAAGGUGCUAUAGCAAAUGUUUGUACCACAGACGUUGUUAACGAAAGUCCAAUUGUUGAUAUCCAUUUGUCUGCGAAAAACCUUCCAAAGCUUGACAUUGGUAGCCAAAGUGAUCCUUUGUGCGUUGUUUUCAUCCCUAUUAAUGGACAAUGGGUAGAAGCCGCCAGAACAGAAGUAAUUUGGGAUAAUCCAAACCCAUCUUGGGUAAAAAUCAUCAAAACCUACUACAUCUUUGAAACAAAUCAACCACUCAGAUUUUGUGUUUAUGAUGCCGACUCAGAGAAAGCAGACCUUUCAAAACAUGACUUUGUUGGACAGUGUGAAACAACUGUCCAACAAAUCGUUAGCAAUUUCGGUCAUGAUAUUACUCUUGAUUUGCAUGAUUCACAUCAUAACUCAAAGCGCGGCCAGCUUGUCAUAACUGGCGAGCAAGCAGCAAAUUGCACAGCUGUUGCCACAUUCCAACUUGCUGUCCGAAACCUUAAGAAGAUGCAUACAUUCUCUCGUAACAAUCCAUACAUUAUCCUUUCAAAGGGUAGCGAAUCCGGCCGUUUGCUUCCUUCUUACAAAUCUGAGUACUGCCGUAAAUGUGCAAGCUGCACUUUCCGCCAGGCUGACGUUUCUCUGCAGUCGUUGUGUAAUGGCGAUCAAGAAGUACCGAUCACCGUUUCUGUCUUCAACUUCCGCAGCGGCAAAGUUGAUGAGCUAAUUGGCAGCUUCUCUGCAUCCCUCAACAGGCUCAUGGAGAAUCAAGGCCAAGAGUUCGAGCUGAAGGAUACUAAAAACAAAUCCGUCGGUUUCUUCAAAUUUGUAACAUUACAGAUUGGCCAUCGCCCAACAUUCCUUGAUUACAUCCGCAGCGGCCUCCAACUCAACUUGAUUACUGCGAUUGAUUACACUGCAUCAAACGGAGACCCUCGCACACCAAACUCCUUGCACUAUAUCAAUCCUUCCAUGCCAAAUCAAUACGAAACCUGUAUAUGGUCGGUUGGAAGCAUUGUUUGCCCUUACGACUCAGAUCAGCAGUUCCCUGUUUUCGGAUUUGGCUGCAAGAUCAAUGGCACUGUAAACCAUUGCUUCCCAGUUACAUUUAACCCACAGAACCCUAAUGUCCCAUCGUUGCAAGAUAUCGUCGGCGCCUACAGACAUUCUUUGACUCAAGUACAGCUUUCUGGGCCAACACUGUUCGCUCCUAUAAUUACUAGCGCAACACAAGUUGCUCAAGCAUCAUUCGCCGAAAGUAGAACUUACACAAUUUUGAUGAUUAUCACAGACGGAAUUAUCAACGAUAUGAGAGAGACAAUUGACGCCAUUGUAGCAGCAUCAGAUGCUCCCCUCUCUAUCAUUAUCAUCGGUGUUGGUACCGCUGACUUCGGCGCAAUGGAUGUCCUCGACGCUGAUGAUGUACCACUUAGAUCUUCGUCUGGAGUAGUGAUGAAGAGAGAUAUCGUACAAUUCGUUCCAUUUAGACAGUUCGGAGCACAGGGAGGACCAGCUCUAGCUGCGGCUGUAUUAGAGGAAGUUCCUCGCCAGGUCGACCAGUUCUGCCGCGCACACGGAUUUGUUCCACAGCUUAAGCAAUAA